CUUGCUUCAGCAAAAGGUUCUGCUAGCUACAAGUUGCUACUUAUUUUCCUUGCUUCAGCAAAAGGUUCUUCUGUUGAGCACGCUAGUGUACUUUGGCCCCAUGACCACAAAACUUUUUGUGAUGUGAUGGAAACUUAUCAAAAGAUGAUGAAUUCCUUGGCAUACCAACUCUUGCUCCUGAUGUUGAAGUGGCUAGAAGUCUCUGAAGAUGAACUGAACUGGAAACUAUCAAUGUCCCAAGAUGCAUUGCUACUCAAUUCCUUUCCAGCCUACCCAGAUCCCAAAAGUACCAUUGGUUUAGCCCCUCACACAGAUUCAUUGCUCAUUACCGUUCUUUAUCAAAGUAAUGAGGGUUUGCAGAUUUUUCGCGACGGAUUCAGAUGGGUGACAGUUUCACCCAUUGAAGGAGCUCUUGUGGUCAAUCUUGGUAAUCUUAUGGAUAUAUUGUCUAAUGGCAAGUUCUCUGGCAUUCUGCAUCGUGCUUUUGUCAACCAGAUUAGGCACAGGAUUUCUGUUGCCUACUUCUGCUAUCCUCCAAUUGAUUCCCAGGUUGCACCAUUUGCUAAGUCUGAAUGUCCCAUUUAUAGUUCUUUAACAGUGAAGGAAUAUCUUGUAAUCAGGGCCAAGCAUAUGGAGGAUGCACUUUCUGUGAUCAGAAUAAAAUGAUAUCAUAUACCCAAUCCUGAAACAUAUGUAAUCUGUUUUAUUCGUUUGGUAAAAAACCCAGUGAACUCCUGAUAGCUUUCUGCCAUGCUAGAUGAUCCUAGUAAACAGUGGCGGAGUCAGGACCUCACUGAGUUUUUAACUCAUUCCUUUAGUUUUUGUUU